AUGGCAGACAACGCCCCUCCUUCCGCUGAGACUCUCCUCAGUGAGAUCGCCAGCCAGUAUGAUCUCCUCCCCAAGUUGAUCCCCUACCUCGACCGCCAUCUCGUCUUCCCUCUCCUCGAAUUCAGCUCCGGUGGCCAGGAUGACGACAAGGAGAUCAUCCGUGCCAAGUACGAGCUCCUCAAACACACCAACAUGACCGACUAUGUGGCCAACCUGUGGCAAGAAAUCAACGACUCCGACACCGUCCCCGACGAGUUCUUGAAAAAGAGGGAGGAGGUUCUCGCCAAGCUGCAGCACUACCAGGACCAGAGCGCCAAGAUCACCGAGCUGCUCCAGGACGAGAGCGUUGUCGGCAACCUGCGCAGUGACAAGGCCGCCAACUUGAAGUUCCUCGAGGAGGAGCACGGCGUCACCGUCGACAUGGUCAACAGCCUCCACGACUAUGGUCGUUUCCAGUACAGCUGCGGUAGCUACGGCAAUGCCGCCGAGCUGCUGUACCAGUUCCGUGUCCUCUCCACCGACAACGACCGGGUUGCCUCCGCCACAUGGGGUAAGCUCGCCUCUGAGAUCCUGACCACCAGCUGGGAGGGCGCCAUGGAGGAGGUCCAGAAGGUCAAGGACUCCAUCGACACUCGUCUAUUCAACAACCCCCUGGGCCAACUGCUGAACCGCUCCUGGUUGAUCCACUGGUCUCUCUUCCCCUUCUUCAACUACGACCCCGCCCGCGAUGUCCUGACCGACCUCUUCUUCUCCCCCGCCUACAUCAACACCAUCCAGACCAGCUGCCCCUGGAUUCUGCGCUACCUGGCUGCCGCCGUCAUCACCAACCGCAACCGCGCCCACAAGAGCACCAGCGUCUACCAGAAGCAGCUGAAGGACCUGAUCCGUAUCGUUCGCCAGGAGGGCUACGAGUACAACGACCCCAUCACCGACUUCGUCAAGGCGCUGUACGUCGACUUCGACUUCGAGGAGGCCCAGAAGAAGCUGGGUGAGGCCGAGGAUGUGUUGCGGAGCGACUUCUUCCUAGUUUCCGCCGCCGAUGCCUUCGUCGAGGCUGCCCGUCACCUGAUCUCCGAGAGCUACUGCAAGAUCCACCAGCGGAUCGACAUCAAUGACCUGUCCACCCGUCUGGGCCUGAACCAGGACGAGGGCGAGAAGUGGAUCGUCAACCUGAUCCGGGAUACCAGAGUCGAUGCCAAGAUCGACUACAAGGAGGGCACCGUGAUCAUGAACCACCCCCCUCAAUCCGUGUACCAGCAGGUCAUCGAGAAGACCAAGGGUGCUUUCUUCCGGACGCAAGUUCUGAGUGCUGCCGUCGCGAAAUAA